UGGGACAGCGACCACAUCUACCUGAUCAUGGAGUUCUGCGCCGGGGGGGACCUCUCCCGCUUCAUCCGGAUGCGCAGGAUCCUCCCCGAGAAGGUGGCGCGCAUCUUCCUGCAGCAGCUUGCCUGUGCCCUGAAGUUCCUCCACGACCACAACAUCUCCCACCUGGACCUCAAGCCGCAGAACAUCCUCCUGAGCGCCCCGGAGAACCCCCAGCUGAAGCUGGCAGAUUUCGGGUUUGCGCAGUACAUGUCGCCGUGGGACGAGAAGCACGUUCUGCGGGGCUCCCCGCUCUACAUGGCCCCCGAGAUGGUGUGCCGCCAGCAGUACGACGCCCGGGUGGACUUGUGGUCGGUGGGCGUCAUCCUUUAUGAAGCUCUUUUCGGGAAGCCACCCUUUGCCUCCCGCUCCUUCGCCGAGCUGGAGGAGAAGAUCCGCAGCGACCGGGCUGUCGAGCUGCCCAGCCGGCCCCUGCUCUCCCCGGAGUGCCGGGAUCUCUUAGGACAGCUCUUGGAGAGGGACCCUUUGAAACGCAUCUCCUUCGAGCGCUUCUUUGCCCACCCCUUCGUAGAUAUGGAGCACAUCCCUGGCCCUGAGAGCCUCUGCAAGGCGACUGAGCUGGUGGUGGAGGCGGUGAAGAAGGAUCAGGAGGGGGAUGCCUCCACCGCCCUCUCCCUCUACUGCAAAGCCCUGGAGUAUUUUGUGCCAGCUCUGCACUAUGAAAGCGAUGCUCGCCGGAAAGAAGCCAUCCGGGCCAAGGUGGGGCAGUACAUCUCCCGAGCAGAGGAGCUGAAGGCGUUGGUCACCUCCAGCAGCAAGAGUCUCCUGCAGCAAGAGAACCCGGCCAGGGAGCUCCUUAAAGAGAUGGCCAAGGACAAGCCUCGGCUCUGCGCUGCGCUGGAAAUGGCUUCUGCUGCCAUCGCUAAGGAGGAGGAAGGCAAAGACGACGGUGACACCUUGGAGCUCUACCAGCAGAGCCUGGGCGAGCUGCUGCUCCUCCUGGCCGCGGAGCCUGCGGGGAGGCGGCGGGAGCUGCUCGCGGAGAUCCAGACCCUGAUGGCCCGAGCUGAGUACCUGAAAGAUCAGCUGAAGAUGCGGGAGGCGCAGUCCCUGGGCAAAGAGGCGCUGGCGGAGCCCGUCCGGAGCA